AAAUGUAAUUUGUGGUUAUGUUAGUUAAAUGUUGACAAUUUUCGGUGCCACGUAAUUCUUUGCAAUAAAGUCAUGGGAAACGCGAACAGCAUCGACGUUCCCGGCGGAGGAACCGAAGGAUAUCACAUUUUAAAGGUCCAAGAAAAUUCACCAGGAAGCAAAGCAGGCUUACAAGCAUUUUUCGAUUAUAUCGUAGCUAUAAAUGGAACGAGACUCAACGAGGAUAAUGACACGUUAAAAACACUUUUAAAAGCAGGAAUUGGUAAACAAGUACCAAUAACUGUUUUUAGUAGCAAAACUCAAACUGUCAGGACAUUAUCAAUUGAGCUAAGUGAUUCGUGGGGUGGACAAGGUUUAUUGGGUGUUAGCAUACAAUUUUGUUCGUUUGAAGGUUCAAACGAAAAUGUGUGGCACAUUUUAGAAGUACAUCCUGGUUCACCAGCAGAAUUGGCUGGGUUAAGGUCAUUUACUGAUUAUAUAGUGAAUGCUGACUCAGUUAUACAUGAUACUGAAGAUUUAUUUGCUUUGAUUGAAGCCCACGAAGCAAGAACUUUAAAAUUGUAUGUUUAUAAUAGUAUUGAUGAUGCUUGUAGAGAAGUUACAAUCACCCCAAACUCAAAAUGGGGGGGAGAUGGAAGUUUGGGAUGUGGGAUUGGGUACGGUUAUUUACACAGGAUACCUAUUAGAGGGGGUAAUAUAAAUGAUACAAAUAAUGUGAAUACUUCAAAUUUGGGUUAUCCUGAAAAAAGUACUGCUCCAAUUAUGAUUGCUAAUACAUUACCACCCAUAAAUACAUCAAUUGGAAUUUCAACUGCUGAAAAUACACAAAAUGAUGUUAAUAUCACAAAUAAUAAUCCAACACCUGCAGCUUCGGUGUAUCAAGCGCCUUUAAAUAUUCCCCCAGCUACUAAUAUCCCUAGUUUUAACCCUACAUUUUCUAAUAGUGAUCCAAAUUCUUUUCUGGGAUCUAUUCAAACAGCACCAAUUCAAGACGUUCCAGUUCAAUGUUUUCAAAAUGUUCCGAAUCCACAAAACUUUCAAAAUGUGAUGAUCCCUCAAAAUUUACAAAAUGUGUCGGUUCCAAACAUCCCACCUCAAAAUUUUCAAAAUGUAUCAACCCCAAAUGUAACUUCUCAAACGGUUAUUUCAAAUCCUCAAUAUUUUAAUCCGAAUGCAAAUGUUUCUGGGGCCGCACCUUACGGUGUUUACACUUUUCCGCAGUCGACGACUCAAUUAACGACGCCUACGGUUUCCCCAACGGGAGUUCCCUUACUUUAUGAUCCGGCGAUAGCGGCGAAAUCGGCACAGCUACUUUUGAAUAGCAACGAGUACAAGCCGAGUUAAUUCAUUUCAAAAUCAAAUUAUGAUUAAUUAAAAAAUUAAUAAAAAUGCGUUUUUGAAAUAGAACAGGAAUAAUAUUAAAUCAAACUUUUAUUAUUAUACUUUAUUAUUAUAGGUUUUUAAUUUUCGUUGUAUGUAUUAUUUUUCUGUAUAUUUAGUAUCUAAAUAAAGAUGUCUAUUAAUAAAAGAGAAUUAAAGAGGAA